CAUGGCUACCGCCGGCCAGAAUGCACAACGAACAAGGACAGUGACCGCGGCGGCUGCGAGCGCGGGUUAAACGCCACUUCGUCUCGACGCCGCCUCAAUGCCACCGCGCGUCAACCGUGUCUUCACCGGCAGCGGCAGCAGCUGCUCCACCUCGCAGCAGCAGCGGCAGCAAGCCGAGGCGAGCCACGAGGAGCGGGUGGCGCGGGUCUGCGCGCUGGGCUGCCGUGUGCAUCAGGCGUUGCUGCUGCAGUGCCAGCCACUGCGGCAGCGCGCUAGCAGAGAUAAUAGCCAUGGAGAUGCCGUCAGCGGAAGCAGCAACAGCGCGGGGCGCGGCAGCUCGCAGGCCGCGACCGUGGCCAUGAAUGCGCGGGGCUCCGGCAACAGGGCCGGAAGCGGCAGCCGCAAAACAGCAGCAGUAGUAGCAGCAGUAGCAGCAGGCGGCGGCGGCGGGCUCCCAGCGCUGCAGCUGCCGAGGGCGGCGGAUCUGGCGGCGGCGGCGGUCGACCUGGUCGCGAUCAGGGAGGUCGUGUUAGCCGACCCCAGCCGCACCACUCCCGACAUCUUCACGGAGGCCCACCUGUGUGGCCGGCUGCAGGGGCUGAUGGCGCUGUUGGGCUGGUGCCUCAGGCUGGCGGUGCCGGCACAGCCGCCCUUCAUCAUCACAGCUAGCGCCACCUCCUCCGACGGCGGCAAUAGCAAUGGCGGCGUCGUUACGACCCACGCGCUGCCUUCGACGCCUUCGCUGUCGCCGCCGCUUCCUCCGCAGCAGCCCGCCGCGCCCGCCAGGUCGGCUCUGGGUACGGACGAUGAUGCCCUGCAAGCCGCCGCCCAUGACGUGACCCGCGAGCUGUGCAGUGCAUUGUUUACCUACGGCGUGCACGGCGUGGCGACGCUAUCCAGCGAUCGGGGUAGCAGCGGUGGUAGCGGCAGCGGCGGCGACGCUGGCGGCGGCGGCGGGCCCCCGCGGCUUGAGAAGGCGCACGUGGUGACGCUGUUGGCGCGCUGCCGCUGCAUAGACGUGAUGUGCGCAGCCCUGGCACGCUGCAGCCAGGCACUGGAGCCGGCGCUGCCGCUGCCGCCGCCGCCGCCGGCCCUGCAGCUGCAGCUGCAGCGGCAAGAGGAGCAGCCGCCGCGGCCAACGCCGGUGGCACCGCAGCGGCGCGUGAGGCUGGGAAACAGCGGCUGGACAGUGGUGUGGCGCUGGUUGGACAUCGCACAUGACCUGCUUGGUUGCGUAGACUGGUGCUUAAACUCCUAUUUCGAACGGCAGGCAGUUGUCGAAUCCCUCUCCGACCCCGCCUUUGGGCUCAAGCUACUCGACUGCUACAGCCGCACACUGCUGGGGGCGUCGGUGGCUGUAGCAGGCGGCGGCGGCAGCGGCGGCGGGGGUGCCACGGCACCGGCGGCGCUGCAGCAGGCGGGCUCGCUCGCGCAGGCGAUGAAGAACUUCACCAACAGGCUGUCAAGGCACACGAGGUUCCUGAAGAAUUUAGCGCCGCAGUCAACGGAGCUUCUGCACGUAGUGGCGGCGUGCCCCGCGCUGUCGUACGCACUGGCGGCGCACGCCGUACACACGUGUGCGGCGAUUGACGGCGGCGGCGCGUACGGCUUGCGGUGCGGCCCGGUGGCUGCGGCCGUGGCUAGGGCUGUGGCGCCGCCGUGGUUUGGCGGCGGCGGCGGAAGCGGCUGUGGGGGCGGGAGCGGCGGCGGCGUAGGCUCGGGUUCAGGGGCAGCGGCGGCUGCGGACGCGGGCCGGCGGGCAGCGGAUUCUGACGAUGACUCCGAGUUGAGAGGCGCGGGGGCGUGUAGCGGGGCGCUACUGCCGCUGCUAGGCCCCGGCAGCCGCAUGCUGCAGCCGCCGCCAGGCCUGCGCCAGCUGCUGCAGCAGCAGAGGCGGCGGCACGGCGGCGGUGGCAGUGGCAGCAGCGGGGGCGGCAACAGCAGGGGCGCAUCAGGCAGCAGCAGUGCUGCUACUGCCGCUACUGCCAGCAUCGCCGCGCCGCCGGAACAAGCCGCGGUCGCCAUUGAUGUCAGGCUGGCGCAGUCUGCGGCGGAGGUGUGGCGGGACUCUCUUGCAGCUGGGUGGCAGUGGCUGCUGGCGCACCCCCAGCGUGUCAAGGACGGUGACGCCGACAUGCCCUACAGCCGCCUGCCGCCGCAGGAGCAGCUGCGCCUGUGCCAGACGCAGCCAAGCUGCCUGCGGGCCGCGUACGCGCGCGCGUCAGGGCCGGCAGAGGGGCAGCCGCAGCCACAGCCGCAGGAGCAGCAGCAGUCGGCGGCUGCUACCGCCAGCGGCAGCGGCGCAAGCGGCGGCCCGCCGUGCAGCGCCAUGGCGGCGGCGGCGGCGGCGGCGGAGGAGCUGUCUCGGCGGCUGGCGGCUGCUCGCAGCUGCCCGCUGCUGCACUGCGGCGUCGCCUUCGAGGUCGGCAUGCGGCUGGCGGCGGCGGCGGCUGGCUGCAUGGCUCAGGCGACGGCGACGGCGCCCGAGCACCGCCAGCUGCUGUGGGGCGCGCAAGAGCUGGCGCUGGCGGCGGUGGCAGGGCGCCGCACUGCUACUGCUACUGCUGCUAGUGCAGCUGCUACUGCCCGUGGUGAGUGCGGCUUGCAAGCCGGGUUUGGUGCAGAGGAGGAGCGAUGGCGAGGCAUGCCGCAGCUGCAGCGGCGGCGUCUGGAGCUUGUGGGUGUGUCCCGCACGACGCUCAUCACAACCGGCCUGAAGCUGGCGCGGGCGGCGUGGCAGGACACAUCGGCUGUUUGGCUGCCCCGGCCUGAUGAUAUCGCCGUGGUGAACGGCAGUAGCACUGCUGGUAUCUGCGGAGACGGCGGCGGCAGUAGCACUGACGGCGCCGGCAGUAGCACAGGCAUUAGCAGUGGAGGUCACGGCGGCGUGCCGUACCCUCCGGCGCCCGUGCAGCGGGACCUGCUGUCCUGGUGGCAGGCGGCGCUGGGCUGGGCGGGGCUGUUUGACGUGGACUACGGGGGAGCUCAAGAGGGAAGCGGCAGCGGCGGCAGGGGCAGUGGUGGCGGCAGUGGUGACGGCGGCGACGGAGGCGUUGGCGGAGGCGGCUGGGCGACCAGCCCCCGACUCAGCGGGCCGUUGGCAGAAGGGGGGGCGUCGUCUGAAGUGAGUGAUGCCUGGUUCGAUUGCCGCGGAUUGCUGCUGCUGGACACGAGCGGCUCGACCGGCAUGCCCGCGGACAGCUCGGGCAUUGCGGCAGGAGAGGCUGCUGCGCGGACGGUGCUGCCGCCACUGCGGCUGCGGCCCUGCCCCGACGUGGCCGCGGCCCUGGUCGCCGGCUACCUGCCCGUGGUGGGGCGGCUGGUGCGCACGUCAGCGUUCAUGGACCGCUUCUAUCCCUUGGAGCCCCUCAACUAUGGCUUUGGUACCGACGCAGCCAAGGCGGCGGUCUGGUCGCAGCUGCUUGUGUUCGGGCCGCCGGCCGAGGCACGUGCGUUUGUGCAGGAGGUGAGGGAUGUGGCCCGGCGGCGUGUGGAGCUGUUCCGGGCAGCAGUGACGGAGGCGGUAGGAGGGGCGGUAGCCCGGCGGCAUCGGCGGCAGAAACACCAGCAGGGACAGCAGCGGGCGCAGCAGACGGGGAGGCAGGGGCAGCAGCCGACAGGCCGGGGUGGCUCGGCGGCCGCUAUGGAGGGGGCAUCUCGCGCUGCUGGGGCACCCCCGUUCGACGUGCCUUCGGCAGCGUCGCUGCUGUGGGAAUCCAUGGACCUUUGCGUUCACGGGAGCAGCUGGUGCGCCACUGGAAGCCUGGCAAAGGCGCUGCUGACCUCAGGGCUGCUGCUGGCGCCCAGCACCCAUGGCAGUAGCAGAAGUGGCAGCAGCGCCAGCAGCAAUGCAACCGCCACCGGCAGUAGCACCAGCAGUAGCACCAGCACCAGCAGCGGCAGCAGCAGCACGUCAGGGCCUGCGUCAUCGCCGCUGGCGGGGCUCCAGCUGGGCAAUGAGGCGGCUGUAGCAGCGCGGGUGGCGGCGGCGGCGCGGGUUGUGGCGACGCAGCUACUGCCGGCUGCUUCCACUUCACUGCGCGCUGUAGCUUGGGGACUAAAUGCGAGUCAGGCGGCCGGGUCUGAUGCGGUGCCCUCGGCUGUCGCUGGCCACCUGUGGAACCGCGUGAAAUCGCCGGCAGCUGUGCUGCGGUGGGUGCCGCUGUUGCUGCGGACUGCUGCUGCUGCUGCCGCGGCCGCAUCUGGGGCGCCCGUCGAGGAUGUGACCUUUGCAGCGGCUUCGCCUGCGGCUGCUGCUGCUGCUGCUGCUGGUGCGGAGGGCGAGGAGGAGUGGGAGGUACGGGAGCAGCAGCAACAACAACGUGCGGGAACAGACGGGGAGGGAGGCUGGCGGCGUGGGGAGUGCUGCUGCUGGGAGCGGCUGCUGUGGUGCGACAUUAACCUGCCCGCACUGCUUGGCGCGCUUUGCGACUUGGUUGGACACGCCCGCGACAACAGCCGUGAGACAGCAGCGGUGCCGGCAGCAGCUGCUGGGCCGGCGGCGGCAGCAGCAUCUGCAGCAGCGAGCGCCAAGGCCGGUGCGUCACAACAGGCUGCCAUCGCUGCAGCCAACAGCAACGAAGCAAGUGAGCGGCUAAGGUGCCGGUGGGUCGGAGCCGUGGGCUCGUUGAAUUCUUUCGUCCUGCCGGAGGUUGUGCGUGCGAUGAUUGCGCUGCUGCAGCUGGCGCCCCUGCGGCUGCUGCAGCCGGCGCCGUCGCGGUCGCUGCUGCCGCCGCCAGAGCAGCAGCAUGUGCAGCAGCAGCAGCCGGCGGCGACAGUGCCAGCGGUGGGAUCAGCCGGUCAGCGGGGCGGCGCCGAGGGUGCCGCUGCAGGUUCCGCUGAGGGCGCGGCCACUGCAGCGGCUGCUGCUGCUGCUGCGGGUGGUACUGUUGAAAAGCCUGAUGCCAACCUGCUGUGCGGUGUUGUGGACGACGACAGAACCGUCCGUGACAUCAAUAGCAGCGCGCCGGCUGCAGCAGUGGCACCGCCGCCCGCUGGGCCCCUGCAUAUGAUGGGCGAUGGCAGCGAGGUUGCGGCCCCGGCCUUGAACCCACACACCCCGCUUGCCACGGCUCAAUGGGUCGGUGGUGGCAGCAGCACCCGAGACGCCUGCCGCAGUAGCAGCAGUGGCAGUAGCGGUGCCGCGGCUUCUCAGCCUGCUCCCGCCACCGCCGCACCCGCCGCCGCCUCAGCUGCUACUCCGAACUAUGCGGACACGGCGGACGCGGUGGUUGACGUGCGGCGCAUUUGCGAGCUCCUGCGGGUUUGGGGCGGCGGCGGCGACGGCCCGGCCUUGUCCACCCACCUGGCCGGGGUGCUGGAGAGCGCGGCGGCGGGCGACUGGGCGGCGGUGCGUGCCAAGAGCCGCUGGCUGCGUUUUGGCGGCGUGGUGACGCACGCGCCGAGCGAUGUGGCUGCGCGGCUGUGGCGGCAGCAGCGGCAGGUGAUGGCGCACGGGGCGGGGCACGGCGUGCCUGUGGAGGUGUCGGUGCUGGACGCAGCUCUGGACGCGGCGGCAGCGCUGCUUGUCGGGCAGAGGCCGCAGCAGCAGCAGAAGCAGCAGCAGCAGAAGCAGCAGAAGCAGCAGUAGCAGGCGUGAGCUAGGCGGUUUCAUUCGGGUGCGUGGCAUACGGCGCAAGGUGGCGUGGCAGAGCGGGCGGGCGCUUAUGUUGUCCGUGCGUGGACCGUUUACACUAAUGGUAAGCAAUGAGGAGUGCUGGUGAGGAGUUGCAGCUGUCUAGCCCGGCGCGGACCCCGGGCGUGGCGUGUGCACGUGGAGACUGAGGCCUGAGGAUGGUGGGGUGCUCGUGCGGUACAAUUCAGUGUGGUGCGGUACGGUGCGGUGCGGUAUCGGAUUGUGCGCGUGCGGUGCGGCAUCAGGCAAUGCUGGUACUGCUGGCUAGUGACUGGCGCAAGGACGGGGUAGGCGCGGAGAUACCGAAAUUCAAAACCGACUGUGCGCACAAGGCGUCAAGGCGCCUUCGUUUGGUUGUUAAUGCCACUGUUGCUU